UAUUGCAAUCUUGGCAACGCUCAUCAUAGUCUGGGAGAGUAUAAAACUGCCAAACACUACCUUGAACAUUGCCUGACAAUUGCUAAACAAUUAGGUGACAGAUCAGGUGACGGACAGGCGCAUGGAAAUCUUGGCAUCGUCUAUCAAAGUCUGGGGGACUUUAAAACAGCUAAAGACUACCAUUUACGCCACCUCAAAAUUGCGAAAGAAUUGAGUAAGAAGUGGGAAGAAGGAAACGCAUACUCCAAUCUUGGCUAUAUCCAUCACAAUCUGGGAGAUUUUAGAACAGCCGUAGACUACCAUAAACGUCACCUGAAAAUUGCGAAAGAAUUAGGAGACAGGUCAGGGGAAGGAAAGGCGUAUUGCCAUCUUGGCAACGCAUAUAGCACUCUAGGAGAUUUUAAAACAGCCGUAGACUACCUUGAGCAUCACCUAAAAAUUUCAAAAGAACAGGGUAGCAGAUUGUCGCAAGGAAAGGCGUAUGGCAAUCUUGGCGACGUCCAUCACAAACUCGGAAAUUUUAAAAUAGCCAUACGCUACAAUGAACAUUGUCUGAGCAUUGCGAGGGAAUUGGGUAACAGAUCGGUGGAAGGACAUGCGUAUGGAGGUCUUGGCAAAUCCCAUGACAGUCUUGGAAAUUUUAAAAUAGCCAUAGACUACCAUGAACGCCACCUGAAAAUUGCAAGAGAAUUGGGUGAAAGAUUAGAGGAAGGAAAGGCGUAUUGCGGUAUUGGAAACGCUCAUCACAGUCUGGGAAAUUUAAAAACAGCUAUAGACUACCAUGAACGUUGCCUGAAAAUUUCGAGAGAAUUGGGUGAAAGAUUAGGAGAGGGAAUAGCUUGUUCGAAUCUUUGUUUCGUCUAUGAAAAUCUAGGCCAAGUUCCAGAAGCCAUUGAAUAUUGCAGGGCCGCGCUUAUUUCAUUAAAUAAUAUCAGAGAUCAUCUUCAAUUGAAGGACGAGUGGAAAAUAAACUUACGUGAUCAAUACCAGGCAAUAUACGCCGCACUGUGGCGCAUGUUGUUGUCAGAAGGCAAGGUAAAGGAGGCUUUGUUUUCUGCCGAGCAAGGACGGGCACAGGGUCUUAAAGACCUUAUGACAUUAAAUUAUUUAUUUGAAGGGAAUGGUGAGGAAUCAGCUAGAGAAAGCGGAACCUUUCAUGACCUGUCCAGUUGUCUUCCAAGGAAUACAAUAUUUAUGGCGAUUGGAAAGAAGGAAUUAUUUCUCUGGGUUUGUCAGAAAGAAAAGGAGGUUGAAUUAAGAAGAAAGCGAAUCACUUCACAAGAUGAAAUCGGCACUUUCUUUUGCUCACUUGUGGCGAACAUUGGUGCACGUGAUAAUGUGGAGUGUGAAAAUCGCUCACUACAAUUGGCGAAUGAUGAAAGACUGGCAGUUAAAAGAUCAACUCAAGAUAGCAGAAAAACCCACCACUUAGACCUUGAACAAAGAGCCUUAAGUACAUUAUACGAGACCAUCAUUAAUCCUAUUCAAGAUCUUUUUUUAGAAAAUGAACUCGUAUUCAUCCCAGAUGGUCCACUUUGCUUGGCUCCUUUUGCUGCGUUCAAAAGCAGUGAUUCCAAAUACCUUUGCGAAUCAUUCAGAAUUCGCGUGGUUCCAUCUCUCACAUGCGUGAAAAUCAUUGCGGAAUGUCCGCCAGAUUACCACCUCAGUUCGGGCGUACUUCUUGUCGGUGAUCCGUGGGUACAAGAUGUGACGAUGCUACCGGAGUUGCCAUAUGCAAGAGAAGAAGUAGAGAUGAUUGGAAAAAUGGUUGGCUGUGCCCCUCUAAUUGGAAGACAGGCCACGAAGGAUGAGGUGUUAAGACGACUCGGUUCUGUUGCUUUGGUGCACAUCGCUGCACAUGGCAGCAUGGAAACGGGCGAAAUUGCCUUAGCGCCAAAAAGUGGUGACGAAGAUUUCAUUUUGACGAUGAAAGAUAUCAAGCAAGUUCAGCUGCGAGCAAGAUUGGUUGUACUCAGUUGUUGUCAUAGUGCUCAUGGCGAGAUCAAAGCAGAGGGUGUAGUAGGCAUAGCACGGGUAUUUUUAGGUGCUGGUGCUCGUUCUGUUCUGGUAUCAUUGUGGGCGAUUGACGACAAGGCCACUCUUGAGUUUAUGAAAAAUUUCUACCAGUAUCUCAAGGAAGGAAAAAGUGCAAGUGAAGCCCUUAACCACGCAAUAAACUACAUGAGAGAAUCCAAAGAAUUUAGCGCCGUAACUCACUGGGCACCCUUUGUACUCAUUGGUGAUGACGUCACAUUUGAAUUUGAUGGGAGCAAAUAG